GCGCUGUCUUUCUCGUCCUUUUUUCUUUCGUUUAACUCCGAGUUUGUAGAGAGAGAAAAUUGAAGAGAAAUAAGGGGAUCCAGAGCCAGCCAGCCAGCCAGCCAGCAGACAGCCCAGGCACCCUCAUCAUUCUCUUUCUCGGUGUAAUAUGGUUGUUUGAGGGUGAGACAUCAUCGAAUCGCAAUUCCUAGAGCUCCUGUGUAUUGUGAAUCCCUCUUAUCUCUGGUGAUAUCUGUCUUGUUUUCUCCCCCUCACUACCAUAUUCAUUUUCCGCUUCCUGCCGACAAAAAGCGCCCGAUUGGAUCAGGCAGGCUUUAUUUAAAUAGGACAAGUUUCUGUGGUGCUGGCUCAUAUAUCAUACUGAACACCAACUACAAUGAAGAAGGCCAUUGGUCAAACUGUUAGAGACCUUAAAAGAGAAGUAAAUAAGAAAGUGCUGAAAGUUCCUGGGAUCGAACAGAAGGUUCUUGAUGCUACCAGCAAUGAACCAUGGGGUCCUCAUGGAUCACUUCUGGCAGAUAUUGCACAGGCAACCAGAAAUUACCAUGAAUACCAGAUGAUUAUGGCAGUGAUCUGGAAGCGGAUUAAUGACACUGGCAAGAAUUGGCGGCAUGUCUACAAGGCUUUGACAGUUCUGGAGUAUCUGGUGGCUCAUGGGUCAGAACGAGUUAUAGAUGAGAUCCGAGAACAUGCCUAUCAAAUAUCUACAUUGUCCGAUUUUCAAUAUAUUGAUUCCAGUGGAAGAGACCAGGGCAACAAUGUUAGGAGGAAAUCUCAGAGUCUUGUCCUCCUUGUGAAUGAUAAAGAAAAGAUAAUAGAAGUUAGACAAAAAGCUGCUGCUAACAGAGAUAAGUUUCGAAACACUUCAACAGGUGGAAUGUAUAAGCCGGGGUCAUAUUCUGGCAGUGGAGGUUAUGGUGAUAGAUAUGAUGGUGAUCGAUAUGGAAGCAGGGAUGAAGAUAGAUAUGGGUAUGGUUAUGGCAGAGAAAGAGAAUAUGGCUACAGGGAAGAUGAUCGGUAUAGUCGUGAUGGUGAUCGUUAUGGCAGAGAUAAUGAAGAUCGCUAUGGUAGGGAUGGUUAUAGGGAUGAUGAAUACCGGGGUAGAAGUCCAAGCACUGAUGAUUACCAGCAUGGCUCAAGAAGCAGGAGUGCUGAUGGUGACCGUAAUUAUGAUGAUGAUGGCCAACAUUCAUCUCGAGGUAGCAGUGUGAAGGCUGAAGAUCGUUCUCUGGAAGCAAGGCUGGAACGCAAACUUUCUGAGCAAAAUGUCGGUGGCCCUCCUAGCUAUGAAGAAUCUGUUAGCGAAUCUAGAAGCCCUAUGCAUGGUGAAAGGGAUGUAGAAGCUUCAACAGCUGCUGUCCCAAGGGGUUCUUCUCCAAAUGUAAAUGAUAAUAUGGCUCAAAAUUCUGCUCAUACAGGAUCUUCUCCUCAUGUAAGCAAUAAUCCAACCCUGGCAACUGCUGCUGUUGGUGUUGCUCCAUCUGCAAACCACGAAGUUGAGAGUUUUGAUGAAUUUGAUCCCCGUGGUCCUUUAUCAGCUGCCCCAGCUGCUUCUAAAAAUGUUGAAAUAGACUUGCUUGGCUCACUUUCGGAGUCAUUUUCUUCUCCAAAUGCACUGGCUUUAGUGCCAGCCACUUCAGCAACCACUGCCCUUGAAGCCAAUGCAAGUAAUGGUUCUGCAGCUCCCUUUGCAGCAUCUGGGUCCAACAACAUCAAUCAGCCAUUUGAGGAUCCAUUUGGUGAUUCACCUUUCAAGGCUAUUCCUUCUGCAGAAACUGCUUCAAAUCAACCUCAGACAUAUCAGAGUUUUGAACCAUCCCAAUCAAGUGGUCUUACCUCAGAAAAUGUCUCGAACUUUGGGUUUGGGGAUUCAUUCUCUGCUGCACCACUCUCUGCGCCUGGUGCCCCUCAUGCGCAAUCUUUCUCAACAAGCUCCCAGUUCUUGCCUCAAGAUUUGUCAGCUCCACCGCAGGAAACUGAUAUCCUUGCAGAUAUUCUUCCUCCAGCACCAUUACCUGUGAUGACUUCACACCCAAACGUAUCAACUGCUGCUUCCCAACCUUCACCUCCAUCCUUCUUACCCUCAACUGGGCAAUCUGCACCAGAAUCUUUUUCUGUACCAAGCAGUCAACUUGCGCCGCAAGGUUUCUCUGCUGCAACAAGUCAACCUGGACACCAAGCUUUUUCAGUUCCCCCUGGCCAUCUUGUCCAGCAAGCCUUUCAAGCUCCUACAAGCCAAUCAAUGCAACCUCCUUUUUCAGGUCCAACUAGCCAACACACCCAACCUUUUACAACUCCUGCUGGGCAACCUCCACAUCAGACCUUUUCGGCUCACACUGGCCAACCUGGACAGCAUGCAUUUUCAUCUCCCAGUGACCAUUCUACACAGCCACCUUUUUCUGCUCAUGGGGGUCAACCUGCACAGCCAAAUGUUAAUCUACAUGGUGGAUUCAACUCUCAGGCGGUAUCUCUGACUCCACAGCCUCCAAACAUCUCUCAGUCCCAAAAUAGACAUAAUGGACAGAUCGGCAGUGAGAGCUUCCUCCCACAAGGAUCCACAGCUUCUAUUCCAUCAUCGAUGGUCUCUCAAGCUCCAACAGGACAAGAUUCACAGAGUGCAAACCAUUUUCUACAGCAGGGAGGAUCUACUGCUCAAUCUCCAUUUGGCCCUGCAUCACAGCAUAACAGUGGGAACUUUGUUGCACAACAGGGCACUGCAGCUCCCUUUGGCUCAUCGAUUACCCAUCAACCACAAAGUGUGCCCGGGGGAAAACAAAAUGAUGUUUUAGGUAGCUUACCUGGUUCAUCUGGAGGAAGUGCUCCUAAUGCUUCAUCCUAUGCUGUUUCUUCGUCUGGACCAAUUGCUGUAGUUUCUCUGCAAUCCAAGGACAAGUUCGAGACAAAAUCAACUGUUUGGGCAGAUACACUAAGCCGAGGACUGGUUAACUUGAACAUAUCUGGCCCUAAAAUAAACCCCUUGGCAGAUAUCGGAAUUGACUUUGAUGCCAUUAAUAGAAAGGAAAAGAGGAUGGAGAAGCCCACAACCACCACUGUAACAUCGACUGUGAACAUGGGUAAAGCUAUGGGAUCGGGCUCAGGAAUUGGUCGUGCUGGUGCUGGUGCCCUCAGAGCUCCGGCUAACGCGAUGAUGGGAUCAGGGGCGGGCAUGGGCAUGGGCAUGGGCAUGGGCAAUGGUCCUGGUGUUGGUAUGGGUAUGGGCGGCUAUGGGGGCAUUAAUCCAUCAAUGGGGAUGGGGAUGAAUAUGGGGCAAGGAGUCCAGAUGCAACCUCCUACUGGUAUGCCCCCUGGCUCCAACAUACCCGGUAACUAUAACCCCAUGAUGGGUCCAGGUGGUUACCCUCACCAGCCAUAUGGCGGUGGUUAUCGAUGAAAAUGAGCAUCAUUUCUAGAUUGCAAGGUAAAGUAUUCUUACUCCGAUUGUUUCACUCUACAAUGAAGAGAUGGCGUGGCGAUACUGGUGCAAGUGUGCUACUACCUUGGUGGUCAACAUUUUGAGAUUUGAUUUUAAAGCACUGUAUUUUUAACAAGAGUUGUAAUUUUUUGUAGAGUGACCCGGUGUGAUGUAUGUUUAUUGUUCAACAUCUGCUUUUGUCAUUCUUUUUGGGGUCACACGUUUCUAUAGGAGCUUUGGCUUGUAUUGAGUACCAGUGAAUGAUUAGAAUAACCUCAGGCUACUGUCCUUUUGGUUCGUUCUUCAUUUUUGCACACCAAUAUGUGGUGUAAAAUUAAUAUAUUCUUUUUUCAUUUAUUA